UUACAGGACAAACAUGUCAUCAACAACUUCCAACCGAAGACAUCAUCUAACUCUGAUAGCUGCUCUUGGGGUUUUGUGUUCAGUGCUACUAUUUUUUGUUUACUUUAAACCCUCAUCUACUGCAUGUUCAUCUCGGUUGGAUGAUUUGCAAUUUUUGUCAAAGGGAGAUGUUUCCUCAUCUACCAAAAAGCCUGUGGAAAAGCCGCUUGUGUUGCUCUGGUUCUGGCCACUGGGUUUGAAAUGGAAUUUUGAAAUCUGCAAAACCCAUUUCAACAUCGAUAGCUGUGUUCUGACAGAUGACAGAUCCCUUUAUGACAAAGCAGACGGAGUGGUUGUUUUUCAAAAAGGCAUCAGCUGGGACCUGAAGAACCUGCCUCAGUCUCCUCGUCCACAUUUUCAGAAAUGGAUCUGGUUUAAUGUGGAAUCACCAACAAAUACUGCCAGAAUACCAGGUCUAGAAAACCUAUUUAACCUCACUUUGAGCUAUAGACGAGAUGCUGACAUCACAGUGCGAAAUGAAUUGACAACCGUGAAGACUGAAAAGGACAGUGAGUUUGUGCUGCCGAAGAAAGAUAAAUUGGUUUGUUGGAUUGUGAGCAACAACAAUCCUUCAACUGGGACAGGAACCAGAGCAAAGUACUAUCAAGAGCUGGUCAAACACAUCAAGAUACAUGUUUUUGGUUCUGCUUUUACAGGGAGUCGUUUGAAGUAUGAGGAGUAUUACUCAACCCUUGCUAGCUGUAAGUUCUACCUUGCAUUUGAGAAUUCAAUCCACAGAGACUACAUCACAGAAAAGGUGAACGGACCACUUGCAGCAGGAACCAUACCGGUAGUCAUGGGCCCACCCAGAGAGAACUAUGAACAGUUUAUCCCAGCUGGUUCUUUCAUUCAUGUAAAUGACUUUACUAAUGAAAAGGCACUGGCUGACUUCCUCCUCCAAUUGGACAAGAAUGAUGAGAUGUAUGUAAGUUACUUCACUUGGAGGAGGUACCUUAAUGCCAAGCCCCACCUCCUGACAAUGCAGGAAGAGUUUAUUCAACCUGUUUGUUUAGCCUGUGAACACAUAGCCAGAGACAAAGGAUAUUAUAAUGUUGUCCACAACCUUUAUGAAUGGUACUUUGGAUGAGGGUUUAGACAUCAUUUUGUAAGGACAGAAAAUAUAAUUUUACCUUAGCUACGUAAACAGAAUACCAUUUUAAAAGUGUCUUUGGAUUUGGGGAUAUUUUGAUUCAUAAUAUUUGUGUAUCAAUUCAAAGGAUGGGCAUUCAAGGUUUUGGGGCAUAUUUUUUUAUUAAACACUUUGGAAGCAGCAUACACUGUAAACCCCAAUGUGCUGUCAUUACUCAACUUUUAAGGAACCCAUUGCACUUAACCUUUUACUGCGAUGGGCUAAAUCAGCUGAUCACACAGAGUUAUUCUUGGUAGUUUUAAACAAAUCUACUUUGAAACCAAAGUAUACACCUCACACACAUGGUUAUGGGCUUAAAGAAAAGACACAUGUACCAUGUCAGAUAUAGAGUUGAAAUGUUUUACAUUUUAUAUACAUCACAGAAGACUGAACUAUAACGAAAUGGUUUAACAUAGAAACACAAGAUUUUAGUCUGUGGAAAUAUUAUAAUAACAUUCCACCCAUGAGGUCAAAGACGGCGCUUUUGGUAAUUGAUUGCAGGAAAGGGCUACUAUAUCUGAAUACAAUUACUUAAAGUAAUUUUGUAGUCAUUACUCACACCGAUAGAGUCACUGUGACCCUGUAGGGCAGAGGUAUCAAACUCAUUCAAGGGAGGGCCAAGUUUUGGGGUUUCUCUUUCAAUGAUGACCUAGACACCCAGGUGAGGGGAGUUCCUUACUAAUUAGUGACCUUAAUUCAUCAAUCAAGUGCAAGGGUGGAGCGGAAACCCACAGACACUCUGCCCUCCAUGGAAUUUGUUUGACACGUGUUGUAGGGGGUCCAGAUUUGAGUUGUAUAAUUUUUUUGCCGUUUGUAUGACAUUUGAGUAACGCCUCCAAUAUAAUUUCCCAGUGUGCCUAGUCUUUUUGAGUGAAUUGCAGAGUUACAGUCAUGGGUGGUACAGUAUUUGUUAGUGACAGAGACAUGGUUGUUGAAUUAACUCAUUUUUAGUUGUGCGAGUGGCCUUCACCAAGUGAGUUCCCAGGCAAAUGUUCUCGUUAUAGUUCAACUCUUAAUGAAAAUACAUAACAUAUCCUG